ACGAUCAAAAGCUAUGGCCGACGAGCAGCCCAAAGACGACGACAUUGCGGUGCCCGAUGCGUCGCCUACAGAUACCUUCAGCACCUCUGCUUCAGUCACCAGCGAGUCGAGACGCUCAGACACCAUCCGCCACGAGCUUAGCUUACACAGUGAUGGCGUUCGUCCGCUAGUAGGACUGGAGCUGCCCGUAUACGGCUCCGACAUGAAUAAAGUACUGGAGACGGUGAACGGGCUGGCGAAUCUGCAACAGGCACACGAGACAAAGAGCCAAUUUCUACCAGUGAAGCUUCGACCAUCAGAACCAUCGUGCAAACCUCUCUUCGCAGAUUUAACCAAGACGCAAAUGAUUUUGCUGCGAGUGAAGCGCUCAAAGCGGAAGCGGAGAGAAGAGGAGGCGAAGGAGGAGAGCAACGAUACAGAAGCAAGUACUGCUGAUGGCUACAGGAUUAAAGCGGAGGUGGCUGGACUCGUAAAAGAGAAGUACGUGUGUGAAGGCAUGGCCGACUUCCAGUACUUCACGGCGCGAUCAUUCUACCCCACGUUAAAACCGGACAAAGACGCGCUUACAGUCGUGGCCAAUGCGACAGACGCAGUGGAGACAGCAGUGAUGAAUAGUGCAGUAGUGGAGAACGGUCCGUUGUCCACUCCGUCGAUGCGUCAGAGAGAACUACAGGACUGUUUACGACCGUACUUGGCAGUGGAGAACGAGACGCAGCUGGAACUGAUCCCUGAGGUAUUCUCCAAGGUGGACUUGCCACUCAAGUACGAGUUCAGGCAGCGAUCAGGAUACCAACCGACUAGAAGCACGAAGAAGACGUCCAGCACCAUGACGUAUCUAAACUUCCACGACGACACACCAGCACCCGUUGGACCUAAGCCUGAACGGCCUGUGGUGCGAAGGAGAUCGGUUGGAGUGGACGAUAACGGUGUGGAUGCACGUGUGAUGGAAAUAUUACAAGGAAAAUUAGAGCAGAAACCAGUGUGGCUACGAUCGAAGCUGUUCGACGGACUGGACGCAAUUGAACGUCGAGCAGCUCGACGAUUGCUGCGGAAGUUUUGCUAUGUGUUUGUCGAUGGCCCUUGGAGAGGUUCGUGGAUUAAAAUGGGGUACGACCCACGUUUACCUGAAGAAUCCGAGACAGCGUCGCGUUAUCAGGUCGUCGAACUGCGAAACAACCGUGAGCUUGUGCAUUCAAAAGUGACACAUGCAACCAGGAAACGUAUCAAGAAGUUCGUCGGUGCCAGCUCAGGAAACGCGAAUGGAGAAGGCGGCCACGUCAAAGGUCCACGGAUCGUUAAAGUCACGCAGACAUCAGCACUUGAGAACGCACAGGCCGCUAAACGUCGUCGCAAGGAGCGGUUUACUCGAGGCGAGACGCGACGCUCUUACCUUGUGGAGCCUACGAUGCCUGGAUCUACUACCUCCGCGGUUGGCUCGCCUCCUCGUGCAAGUCCCACGUCAUCGACUGUUAAUUCAGGGAACGACUGGGAUUCAGAAGACGAGCAGGAGGACAAGGAGUCCGAUGGAGCGCAAGAUAGUGCUGAUAAUAAUGGCACGAUGUCAGCUGUAGCAGCAGGAAACAGUGACAAGAUCUACGAGAUCUUUGGAGUACUGUUGGCCAGCCCGAAUGUCUUGUUCCAGCUUGAUGAAAUAGACGACGACGAGGUGCGGGAAUGGACAGCUCAGUUCACAAAACAGGCGACACCCUCCCUACUCGGUGGAUGGUAUCCGACGCAAAUGUUCCUGCCAUUACGUGAGAUCAUCAGGUUGCGUAUAGCAGCAAUGGUGGGCCGCUCCAAGGCCGAACUCGAUACAAGACGCAAGCGUCUGGACGCAUUGAAGAAGCAGGCACUCAGUGACUACGCAGAGGAGCUGGCUGGUCGAUCGACGAGUAAGAAAUCCAACGCUGGAACCAAUGGUGUCUCCAGUGUGGAUGCUGAAGCAGAAGACGAGGAGCUGGCCUUUGAGCGAUCUCUUAUUCAAGAGCGCAAUGCUGGAUCCAACGUAGGGAAGCUGUCGGCAGGAACAGAAGAAAAAGGAGAGGACGACGAGGAAGAAGACUUGGAGGAGGAAGAAGAAGAAAACGACAGCGCUGGUCGCUCUCGUGUCUAUGAAGACGAGGACAUGGACGAUGACGGAGAACUGGAAGACAAGGCAAGUGAACGCGUUGAAUCCUAGCUGUUUAUUUGUUUUGUUUAAAAUGGCGACACACAGUGCAAGCCGUCAUGUCAGUGCUUGAUGGGCUUCUUCCUGAGAAUCUCUUCAAUGGGGUUGGAUGCUGGAGCGUCCUCGUCGUUGUUCACGGAUGUUCUCCACUGGGAUGCGCUCCGACAAAGCCUCGAGGAUUUUCUUCUUACCACGAACAAUGAUCACCUUCUCUCGAGUCACAUCGUCCACCAUACCUUUCACUGUGUUCCAGAUCAUACUAAACCAGGACGGCACGUUGAUCACGAAGAUGUAGGCACAGCGCUCCGGGUAGUGCUUACCCGACACUGAAGCAGCCUUACGAACAUACUCGACAGCUUCACCGGCAAAGUCCGAGAUACCGAUCCCAUCCACAUCCAAUACCGAUAUACCUUUACGGUUGUCAUCCUGCUCGAUCACUUGCCAUAGGAAUUCCGUGAUCAUGAGAUAGUUGUGCAUCAGAUCGUCCAGUGUAAGACCCGCACUCUUAAGUGCCUUCAG